CUGAAAGUCAACUCUAAGCAGCUGACUGAGUGGUCACGUGACUAAAGAGGAAGCAGGCGAGAUGAGCGCAGUGUACGGAGGAGUGGAAGGCGGUGGGACACACUCUAAAGCAGUACUGGUUUCUGCUGAGGGACACAUCCUCGCUGAGACAGAUGGACCAUGUACCAAUCACUGGUUGGUCGGUGUUGAUAAUUGUAUUAAUGGUAUCAAUGACAUGGUCCAGAGGGCUAAAAUCAAGGCAGGGCUCGACCCGGACACACCAGUUCGUUCAUUGGGUAUGUCUUUGAGUGGUGGAGAGCAGAAAGCUGCUAUCCAGAAGCUGAUUGAUGACAUGAGGGAGCGAUACCCCAAGCUGAGCCAAAGUUAUUUUAUUACCACCGACGCCAUUGGCGCUAUGGCCACUGCCAGUGACUAUGGAGGUAUAGUGGUGAUAUCAGGCACUGGUUCCAACUGUAAGCUGGUCAAUCCAGAUGGCACACAGGUUGGCUGUGGGGGUUGGGGUCACAUGAUGGGAGACGAGGGCUCAGCGUAUUGGAUUUCUCACUUGGCUAUUAAAACGGUUUUUGAUGCCAGAGAUAACCUCGUCACAUCCCCUCAUGAUAUCACCUAUGUUAAGAAGGCCAUGGAAGAAUAUUUCCAGGUGUCGGACUUGAUGGGGAUGCUUCCUCAUUUGUACAGAAACUUUCAGAAGUCACAUUUUGCAGGGUUCUGUAGGAAACUAGCUGAAGGUGGCAACGCUGGUGAUGCUUUGUGCCAGCACGUGUUCACAGAAGCUGGAAAAGCACUUGCAAGCCACAUUGUAGCAGUCCUUCCUAAAGUACAUCAGGAUCUGUUUUCUGGUGAGCUUGGCUUGCCUGUCCUUUGUGUCGGUUCUGUGUGGCACAGCUGGGAACUGCUGAAAUCUGGUUUCACUCAGGUCCUCUCAGAGGCUCAGGCUCAUGGUUACGGUCACUUCCAGAAGUACAGUCUGCUGACUCUUCAUCAGUCCUCCGCUCUGGGUGGUGCCAAAAUGGGGGCACAGAACGCAGGAGCCAGCCUCCCUCUAAACUACUCGGCCAAUGUCAACGUGUUUUUCAGCCAUACCUUCAAUCAGUGAUCCAGAAGCAGCAGACCUUUGAGACGCGGCUGAAGAACUGAAUUAGGAACAUCCUGUUUUUAAACUGAAAGAGAAAUGUGUUUCCAGGUUCUCCUCUUGUUGGGGCUGUUUCUCAAACACCCACAUCAUAUUAAAAAAAGAUUUGGAAAAUGUUUUUUUACUUUGGUUAAGUUUUAAUGUUCAAACAAUGCAAAUCAAUAUCAUUUAAAAAUAGAGUUUUGAUAUAUACUUUUGAAAAUAAAAUUAGCAAUGACAUUUCAGUUUCUUUGUGUCGUGUUAGUCUUCUGGAUGAAGAAAGAUUAUUUAAAUAGCUUAAGACACCCCCCUUUCUUCUCUUCCUUGUGUGAACAGUUGUAAAAGACCGCCUCUAAUUGUCCUCAUUAGCGGAGGACUGACAGCAAGACAGUGCUAAAUGUCCUGACACUUAUUUAGAGAAGUAUUUUAGGAAGGUCCAUCUAAUCUCUAUUUAGUUAUUAUAUCACAUAUCUGUAUACAUUUAUCCGUUUUAGUUCAGACAAUCAGAAGAAAAUGUUCAAGGACCUUCGUAUCAGUUUAUUUAAAUCCACCUUUUAUUGAACCCUUUGAAAUGACACACCACUGUUAGUUAAUAUGAUGCCCAUUUAAAACUGUCCCUUGACAUGGCAGGAGAAACUGUGGAAGAAUUAGCAAUGACUUUUUUUUUUUUUUUUAAUCUGUGUGGUGCUCACAUGAUACAAACACCUAUGUUUUUUCAUACCACUUAAUUUCAUCUUUCAAAUACAAUGUAUCUAGCAGCACAUAAAACAAUUUAAACUAAUGGAUGUACUGGCCAUAUAUUGGAUGGCUGGCAGGGAAUGUUAUGUGAACAAUUUUGUGCAUCUUUGACCUCGGGCUAAUGAUCACAUGAGCUGAUGAGUUAUAUAUAUAUAAAUUGCUGAUGCAAAUGAUGUAAUUGCUGAACAUUUAGUGCUGCUACCAGCAAGCAGUUAUUUCUCAGUACCAUUUGUGCCUGUCUUAUAACCUUACAGGAUAAAACAAUUCUGUAUGCCAAGGAUAAAAACAAAGAAAUAAAGUAGAAUAGAUGCAGUGCUGGUUGUAGUCUAAUUAAACUCCCUACAUAAAAACAGUUGAAUCACUUUCAUGAGCAUUAAAAAGCAAUUAUGGCCUUUCCCAUUCACUUUAGCAAUUAAAAAGAAAUCAAAACAGUUUUGUGGAUGAGAAAUCAGAUAUUUCCGAGUGAAUCUCCUGCAAAUAAUAAUGGAUGAGGUUACAUGACUGGCUGAUUACUGAAGAGGCAGAGUAGUUCAGUCCUCACCCAAAAAAUAUGCACAAUAUAUGAAUCGAUUCAUCCAUAUGCAUGUUAAAUUGUUAAUUUUUAACUGUACUGCUGUUAAAUGUGACAAUUGAUAGAUUUAAGAUACAGCCAUACACAAGAAAUGGUCCAUUUAAUACAAACUUUUCUUCUUUAUUUUGCCAUCCUUCCAUAUUUUUUUUAAAUGAAAUUCAGUCCUGCAUGUUACUAAUUCAAUUCAAAAUCAAAAGUUGAAUUCAUGUGAAUUCCCCAACACACUUUCCUUAGCAUUCAACUCAAACCAAGGGGCUCACACCCCAGUCAUUUAUGACCACACCACUUUAAAAUCGCAGGAAUAUGAACUGAUGCAUCGAAAAGAACAAUAACAAAAAUAAAAGGAAAAAAACAACAACAACAAAAAAAAAAAAAACCCACAACAACAACGGGAGGAGAAGCAAAGACCUGAUCAGGCACAAACUCUGAAACAAUGAAAGCUGACAAGAACAGCCCUUUCAACAAGGGUAGAGAAAAUAAAACAGCCUGGUAAUGAGUAUGAUAUUAUCUAGUCACAGCACCUCCUAGAGGUCAUGUUUAAACUUAAUACCCUUGGUUUAUACACAACAGAAAUAUAAAGCUUAUAGACAAUCACACCCCACCUCCCUCCCAUUAAAAAAAAAGCAAAAAAAAAAAAAAAAUAA